AGCAUCGUUUGCCAAAUCAAUAAAAGCAAAUAUGUUUUUGUUAAAGAUUCUAAGCUUGGGGGGAUUUUUAGCCAAUAAAGCCAAAGGAGCAGGAUAUAAACCAUCAUGAAGUGGUUUAAAAUUUUUAACUGGGAUCAUACCAUAAAAAGAAUGGUGAAGUCAAAACCGACUCUAAGAGAUCUAAUCAGCGCUGCAAACAAUAAAUUUGAAAGAAACUUUAUUUCCAUUGUACUUUGUGGAUGCGGAACACCGAUAGAAGAUGACGAUUUCCUGGAAGAAAUGCAAUCAAACGAGAUUUUGAUUGCAUUGGGAGAAGGAGAACAUUGGAUGCCACCUGAAUUCUUUGAGCCUUCAUGUUCAUCUCGAAUGCAACAAAAUACAAGUAUACCCAGUAUCGCAACUGAUUGUGGAAAUGAAGGAAAUAAUCCAGUAGUUUUCCAGAUGCCACAAGAUUUUCUGGAAUUGACAGAAAUCUGUCCCGUCAGUAACACGGACCCAAUAUCAGAAGUUCCACCAUCAAAUGAUGUGGAAGAGGACACAACUGAAAAUACUCCAUCAUCAGCACAAGUCAACGUCCAGUCGAAGAGGGCCAUUCGCGAGUCCUUUAAGAAUUUUGAAAAUUUAAAAAUUCCAUACGAUAAGAUGGAGAAAGGCAUCCUAAAUGCCCUCAGGAAGAAACAAAAACUUAGCACACCUCAAAUGAACGCUCUUGUUCAUGCGGUUGUCAUAGAAAUAAGAAAGUCUGGGGUAUACAUUCCCCGAAGAAUUUUUGAUAAUACUGCGAUGCAAAUGUGCAGGGAGUACCCUGACACAUUUGUGGAAAAGGAUGAUGAUGGUGAGCUUAUUGGAGCGGGGUUCCUUGGAUUAGCCGAAAAAUUCCGGAACCGUAAUAAUUACUUAAACCGGCCACAUAUGGGGAAGUUCAAUGAUCAGAACUAUCACAAAGAAGUGAAAAACUUGAGGAAGAAUGUUAAUUUAAGAUGCGGUAAUCUGAACAAUGCUCCUGAACCAAAUGAUCAAUAUGGUCAGGAACGGGAAGCGAUAAAUAAGGGAGAAAUGUCAAUCCCGGAAAUCGUCAGAAAGUGGCCUACUUUGAAAACCUUUGAAGGGGUGUGUAGCCACUUUACUGCGAUCACUGGGUGCGAUAUUUCGCAACUUAAAACGAAAAUGGCACAAAAAAAGGGCGUGAUUGAGAAAGCAUGCCACGUCCAGCCCUCGACAAAUAUCUUACGAGAACAAAACUCGUCUGACCCAUCUGACUCAUCUGCAAUCGAAGAAAACCCACCUAAUCAGUCACCAAGCAGGAUAACAGAAAAUGAGCCAAAAAGACUGUUAAAAAUUAUUGGUAAAUACUUCAAGGAAAAUGUCAACGCCAUUUAUCAAAGAAGUGAAGGAAAUGGCAGUGCCGAAUUAUCUAUUCGGGAAAAUGAUGAACCACCAAAAUUCUCCAUUUUAUACGACAACGAGAUACUGCAGGAAACAAAUUGCUGUUGGGAAGCUUUCACGAUGUAUUUUGCAGAUAUAUUUGUAUUCUGCAAACUUUAUCCUGUGGAAGCUUCCCAAACAUUGGAAUUCGUACAGAAGUAUCUGUUAAAGUUGGAUCCAGAGGGCACAAAAUCCCGUAAAAGAAACACAAAAUCGUUCAAUUUGAGAGUGCUGAGCCUCAUCAGGAAAAUCCAGAAAAGUGCAACAACCUAAACGAUCUCAUCACAUCCAAAUGACUGAAAUAUUAAUAUUUUUGUAUUGAAUUUUGAAAUUAAAAAAAAUCUUGAGCUUAAAAA